GCCUGUCACUUACGCACGUAGCCCUGCGUCGUGUAUAAGGUCAAGAGAAAAGAAGCAUGGCCGCUGUGUUGAGAGGCUCACGGUAUUUGGUUGGAGGCUGCUCCAAAAAUGUUACGUUUGCAUUUGCAUCUACCAGGUCUAUGGCCUCCAAGACACAAGUGGGCUUUGUUGGUCUGGGAAACAUGGGAAAUCCCAUGGCAAAGAAUCUGCUGAAACAUGGAUAUCCAGUUAUUGCUACAGAUGUAUUUCCAGAGUCUUGCAAAGAAGUACAAGAGCUGGGUGCACAGAUUGUGGAUAAUCCUGCAGAAGUAGCUGACAAGGCUGACCGUAUUAUCACAAUGCUCCCCUCUAGUCCAAACGUCAUAGAUGUGUACACUGGACCCAAUGGCAUUCUUAAAAAAGUGAAGAAGGGUUCAUUGCUUAUAGACUCCAGCACCAUUGACCCAGCAGUUUCAAAAGAAAUGGCAGCAGCAGCAGAGAAGAUGGGGGCUGUCUUCAUGGAUGCACCAGUGUCUGGAGGUGUGGGAGCUGCCAGUUCGGGGAAGUUGACUUUUAUGGUAGGAGGAGCUGAAGAAGAAUUUACUGCUGCCAAGGAGUUACUCAGCUGCAUGGGAGCUAAUGUGGUAUACUGUGGUCAGGUUGGGACUGGACAGGCAGCAAAAAUAUGUAACAAUAUGCUUUUGGCCAUUGGAAUGAUUGGUACAUCAGAAACUAUGAAUCUUGGAAUCAGACUUGGUCUUGAUCCCAAACUUUUGGCCAAGAUCCUCAACAUGAGUUCAGGCCGUUGCUGGUCGAGUGACACAUACAACCCUGUGCCUGGAGUUAUGGAGGGCGUCCCAUCUGGAAACAACUAUCAGGGCGGCUUUGGCACCCAGCUCAUGGCUAAGGAUCUGGGACUGGCUCAGAACACGGCCACAAACACGAGGACUCCGGUGCCUCUGGGCUCGCUGGCUCAUCAGAUCUACCGUAUGAUGUGUGCACGUGGCUAUGCCAGUAAAGACUUUUCCUCCGUGUUUCAGUUUCUGCGUGAAGAAGAGGGGCAGUAAGGGGACUUUGCACCAUCCAAAGCCUAACCAGGCCCAGGACAAGUGUAGCUGGGCUCAAGGACUUUAGUUUCAAACUUUUAACAUGAAAAAAUGAAGUGGUGCUGUUUUUUCAGCAUGUGAGCACUUCCAUGAAAGUCAUGUUUUUGGUGAAAUGACCUUUAAAAUUCAACACUCCUUUGUAGAAAGUGCAGGGCAAAUAUUGGAUAUUUGAAGCAUUUUGGGAAGAGCCACAACACAAGAAAAUGCAAACAAGUGUGCUGAGAAUCUUUUUUGCAAUUAACUGGGUUCUGUCUGUGUCAUUGUGGUGUCCACAUAUUUAUCAAGUUAUUUUGAUUUUUCUCUUUUAACUUACUCCAAUGUCACUAGGAAUGUUACUAUGAAAUUAAGUGUUUAUUCUUCAUAGAAAAUGAAUACAUAAAUAAAGAGCUUUUGCAGACUUAA